CUUUUUCAUCAGCGUGGGAAAAUAAAUGUGUUUUCUUUAUUGCCUUUACGCACCUCCCACGCCGCAGACUCCACGGGAAAACCCACUGGGUGGAACAGUUUGUGGAGCGCUGGGCGGUGAAGUUGAAGUUAUCAGCGCCACACUGCGUGCUGCUUUCUCAGGAUACAGUCGACACAAUAUGCUCUGACUGGAAGAACAAGAAAAAAAAAUGUUGUUCCUCGUCGGUGACUCCACCACGGCUGCGUGAUUCUUCGGCACGGACUGAGAAACUUGGCCGGAGCUGCUGUCUUCAGUGGGGUGGUCAUCCUCGGAGGAGGUGCCGUUAUUUCCCACUGACGCCCCCCACCACCGACGUUAGAGAGCUGGCAACAGGAGGAAAGACGAAGAAGGUUCGGCGUUUGUCAGCGAGGGAUCCUUCACGUGUCACCGACAUGAAAACCCUGCACAGAUCCAAGAAUUCUUGAUUCGGAUUUACGCACCGCUUUUCCAUCACUGAAACCGCGGUGAUGACUCAGACUUUUGAUGUUAUCAUUUGCGCUUCAAAGUACGUCUUGCAUUGACACAUCGCUACAUCGCACCGUGCCGGAGCCUCCUGCGCGAUGGGACUGUGACCCGGGCAGCGAGCUCCGAGAGGCGGCCGCGUUACGUGUCUGUGCUCGGCGUGCAGACUGGACCCGCUGUGACAUUUUCUCCACGACAUGGCUGCUGCGAUCGCGAGUGGGCUGAUCAGACAGAAGAGACAAGCCCGGGAGCAGCAUUUGGACCGACCCUCCACCAACCGACGGAGGAAGAGCCCCAACAAGAACAAGGGGCUCUGCAAUGGGAACCUGGUGGACAUCUUCUCCAAAGUGCGGAUCUUUGGACUCAGGAAGCGGAGACUACGGAGACAAGAUCCCCAGCUCAAGGGUAUAGUGACCAGGUUAUAUUGCAGGCAGGGAUACUACUUGCAAAUGAAUCCCGAUGGCUCUCUUGAUGGGACCAAGGAUGACAGCAGUAAUUCCUCAUUGUUCAACCUUAUUCCUGUGGGCCUCCGAGUCGUCGCCAUUCAGUCGGUGAAGACAGGGUUAUACAUCGCCAUGAACGGAGAGGGCCAUCUCUACUCAUCGGAACUCUUUACGGCAGAGUGCAAGUUCAAAGAGUCUGUGUUCGAGAACUACUACGUUAUCUACUCGUCCAUGUUGUACAGACAACAGGAGUCGGGGAGAGCCUGGUUCCUGGGGCUCAAUAAAGAAGGUCAAGCUAUGAAAGGGAACCGAGUAAAAAAAACCAAACCAGCUGCUCACUUCCUGCCCAAGCCAUUAGAAGUUGCCAUGUACAGAGAGCCAUCAUUGCACGAUGUUGGAGAGACUGUGCCCAAGGCGGCGGUGCCCCCGAGUAAAAGCACAAGUGAGCCAGCGGUGAUGAACGGAGGUAAACCCGUCAGCAAGCCCGACAAACCCCCCACAUAGCCACUUCUGACUGAGUGACGGUGUGGCGGGAGGUCAAGAUGUCGGAGGCCGGCCUCACAAGGGCCUCUUGCUUCUGUGGACGAGCUGCUGGCAAACCUUUGUCCACUCCUUCUCUCACUCGUCCCUUUGCCUUGUCCUCCUGUUCUUUUCGGCUGUCUCGAUGUGGAUUCUGAGGCGGCUGAGCUUCUUUAGCACAGGAGAGAGGAGGACCUCCGAUCAUGGGAUGCCUUUCGACUCCGCUGAGACUACAAGAAUUCAUGUGGGGGAAACGUGUUUUACAGCCACAAUGGUGGUACUUUUGCUUGCUCUCGGUUCAUACAAAAAGAAAAACCCUUCAUGUCCUUCGCAGAAGAGCCUGCACCUUCAGAUCUAUUUUCUAUACUACAGUUCACCAGCUCUGUUCUGGAUAGAUGCUGUAUAGAUAGAGUAAAUAUUUGGACCUCUAUUUUUUAUGACGACAUCCCUUGAUCCCUCUCUUUCUAUAUCCAGUCACUCUUUCUCUUCAUUGAGUUAGAACGCAAGCGAGUGGUUCCCCACUUCGCUCCGCCGAGGAACAAACUAGAAUUUUGCCUGACAACAUGCAACCAGAAGGUCUGAGGUGGGAUUCAGAGGCGUUCUAGUCGGUGAACAAAACAUGUCGCUCAUUUCUGAUGCUGAUUCUGGCCGACCCCAUCACUCACACAUACACGCGAGCAUGUGGGGUGGGAAAGCGCUUUAAGGAAUGAUGUAAACAUAUCAAGUCCCACCGGCGGCGCUUUGACCCGCCCUCUCUGGUAAACAGAAACCUGAAGUCUAUUUUUCUUUAACCUUAUUUCAGAGCGAGGGCUCUAGGAAUAUCUCUAGGCCUUGUAGGCCUCCGUCCUUCAUUCACUGACUUCUGUGGACUCGGUCGGCCAUUUCAUCGAAAAACAAGAUGGCUGCUAACCAGUAGGCGACCCGAGUACCGGCUGCGACAAAAGCAUGGGCAAGAUUACUAUUAUGUUAUCUCUUCUUGCAGCAGAUAUAUGAGCUUUUAUUGUAACAUUUUCAUUGUAUAAAUCUUAGGGGUGAUAAAUAAUCCAGUUUUACAACGACUAAAUAUUAUAAUUAUUAUUAUUAUUACCAGAGGAUUUGUCUCCUAGCUCAGCAUGCAGAGUCCAGUACUGAUCAUUUCGGCCAGUCUCGUGCCUGUUUGGACUCUUGGAUCUCCCGGCAUGCAAAAACAGUCUCCCAGUCCCCACUGGGCCAAAGGUGCCUCGCCCACCCGACUCAUUUACCUAGUGGACGCGUAGCAUUGACCAUUUAUGAACAAAUCCACUCUCCUCAUCCUGAAAUGACCAAAGUCUAUUUCCCAUCCGAGAAGAAAGAAACAAAUUUACACAUCCGUCAAAGCUUUUUCACUGUGAUAGGAUCCGACUAAACCGACCCCGCUCAGACCUCCGCGACGGUCUUGACUUGAUGUCAUUUUGGAAAACGUUUGUAUUCCCUCAAUUAUUCACAUGCAUGUGUUUUCUAUUGGGAACAAGGUCUGGGGGGAAGGUUGAAGCGGCAUGUUGUAGGCUCCGAGUUACCCACUGCACUUUCUACGGAUCUUCAUCACGACUGUUAGCAUCCGGCUACCUUGUUGUUUUGUCACCCUCAUCGCUCCCGUCGCUGUAGGAUGGUUUUUCAACCUGGGGAACUUGCAGUCGGCUCAGAUGGCUGACCAUGCACUGCACAACUCUGACACUUUCUAGACUUAGUUCAACCCGUUUUCCUGUCAAUUGCUUAUUAAUGAAUUAGACUCAGCAAAGGUAUAAAGUGAUCAGACCAAAUCACGUGACUUCUAUCCUCAGUGAACCUCUUGCAGUGCCUUCCAGGCUUACAAGGACCUGAUAGUGAAUGUCCUCAGUCAAGAAGUGUAAAGAGGCGAAGAUGAGUGACGUUGUCUUUCAACUCUUCAUGGAAGAUUUUUGAGAAAAAAAGAAAAAAAACCCCAAAACUCCCUGAUUGAGUCAAACAUACAGAGAUAUAUACGGACACAAAUAUUGUCAGCAAACUCAUAGGAGUCAUAGGAGCUGAAUCCAUCAAAUGUAAAUUGGGUCAUUCCACGAAACCAGUGUUGAGUCUGGUCCAUUUCGUGAGUCAGAGUGGAUCAGAGUUGUUUUGAAAUACAUGUUUCGAUGUGACUGUGACAAUAGAUCAGAGGUGGGCAGUUAAAUUUCCUAAAGGGCCGCAUUAUAAACUGUGACUGUUGUGAGGGGCCACCAUGCCAAAAGAAAGGCAGCGAUGGCUACGAACUAUGACGAAAAAAAAAUCUUAAGUAACGUGGGUGGAAUGAACCAUAUUCAAUGGAAGCAAUGUGUAAAUAUGGCCUGAAACCUAUAAAAAAUGUCUUACAUGCAUCUUAUGUGAACAUAAAGCAUAAUGUAUAUAUAAAAUAUUUAUUUCAAAAUAUAUUUUGAGUUUUCGUUCAACAAAUUUUGAGGAAAAUUGAAGAAACAAAAAUUUUGCCAUUGUAGUUACUCUUCAACCAGUACUGGCUGAAACGGAAACGACAGAAAAAUGAUGACUUAUCAAAUGUAUAAUAUUUUGUCUGACCUCAGGAGGGCCUCAAAAACACAGGCAAAGGGCCGCAUUUGCCCCCCGGGACGAACUUUGAGAUGCUUUCACAGAGAACUAGGACAAUUUCACCAUGACUGGAAAGUGACUCAUAUGAUUAGCACCUAGCAUAUUCAGUUUAAAAUUUCGUUUUUAUCCAAAAAUAAUUUACAUCAACUCAUUCAUUUCUUUAAAAUAUGCGUAUACUUUCUUAGUAUGAAUAUUAGCUGGUGGCAUCAGUGACAUCUGUGUUUGCCUGCUGCACCGUAACAGAGUGGUAAAAACUGUCACUUCAGCCACAGUAAAAAGCAUAUUUUUUAAAAUGCCUGAGGUGGAAAACUGUCUUUUUUUCAGGUCGUGAUAUAGUGGAAAUGGCAUCGCUUUCCUAGAAUGACCCAAUUAUCGUUUUUAAAUGAAGUUAUCCGAGCAAGUAAAUUCAUUUAAAUGGUCCCCCGAAAACCACAGCUCUAUUUCGGUCCCCUCAUGAGUCUCCAUUAAUAUCUUCUCUUUUUUCUGACUGGAGGAUCAGGAAUGUGCAUGUUGGGGCUGAAAAGGCAAACUCAGGUAGCAAACUGGUCGCUAUACCGCGUAACGUCUGGUCUUAUCGCCGGCGACGGCCCAAUAUUCGGAUUCACAGUUGUGUAGUGUGUGGAAGGCGUGGGUCAGAUAUAGCUGGACGCCGGGGGCUCGCUCGGAACACGCUCCCCCUGCUGGGCUGGAUGCCGCGCUGCUGCCGGCUCGGCCGACUUUAUUUUUGUAAAUGAGCGAUGUGUAAAUGUGCAUCCGUUUGUCCGUCCUGGUUUAUUUCUCUUCGUAUACGGGUCACGUGUGAUGUUGCCUCCUGCUGUCACUUUUGCUUUGGACGAGAGUCGUAAGCGGCGCUUUGAUUUGUCUCCUUCUUUCGUACAUGGUCCCAUCUGCUGCAUGGGGAGAGGAUGGCAUCGAUGAAUUGCAUGUAGUAGGUUAUGUCUAUCAAGAACUGUUGGUAUGUACCUGCUAAUUUUUACAUACAUAUAUGCAACGAGUUUGUCUUCACUAUACAACUUGUGAUGGUUGUAUACACACAUACAAUAAAAAUAUUAUGUGAAAGUGUACUGUUAUGUCAGUAACUUACUGCAACAUACUGUAGUGUGCAGUAUAUUAUUGCACAGGUCAUUUUGAUCGGACGAAAACUUUGGAGGGAUUUUGGAACGUAAAAGCAUGUGAGGAGGCCGACGUCGCGUCAUUCCGAUUGGUUUUGAAAACGGCUUUUAUCCCAGCGACGCCACCUUCAGAGGGAUGUGAACAUUCAGCAUGCCACAUUUAAUAACCCGACCUUUGUUUCCGCCACGUCCCGACGACCUGUAACACUCCAGUCGACUGAGAAAUGUUCGUCACGUACUUCUGGUAACGUAAGGUUUCUUGUUUUAAAGGCCGAAUGUGUGGUUUCAUCGGACAGGAACAGGCACUGUUACAAAGAUUUAUUUUUAAACAAACUUAUAUACUGUAUACCAUUGCAAGUAUGCCCAUUGGAGUAAUGUCAUGUUAUAACAGAUUUGUAACCAUGUAUGAUUACGGUCUUCGCAUUGUUUUCCAUGCAAAUGUUGUGUCAUGCGGCACAUUCAAUGUUUUAUUAUUAAAGAGAAAAAUAAAAAAA